AUGGCUCUGAUCAUGGAACCCGUGAGCAAAUGGUCUCCGAGUCAAGUAGUGGACUGGAUGAAAGGUCUUGAUGACUGUUUGCAGCAGUAUAUUAAGAACUUCGAGAGGGAGAAGAUCAGUGGAGAUCAGCUGCUUCGUAUUACGCAUCAGGAGCUAGAAGAUCUGGGGGUCAGCCGCAUUGGCCAUCAGGAAUUGAUCUUGGAAGCAGUUGACCUUCUGUGUGCACUGAAUUAUGGCUUGGAAACAGAAAAUCUGAAAACCCUUUCUCACAAGCUGAAUGCAUCUGCCAAAAAUCUGCAGAAUUUUAUAACCGGGAGGAGAAGGAGCGGCCAUUAUGAUGGGAGAACAAGCCGAAAAUUGCCAAAUGACUUUCUGACUUCGGUUGUGGAUCUGAUAGGAGCAGCCAAGAGUCUGCUUGCCUGGUUGGACAGGUCACCAUUUGCUGCUGUCACAGACUACUCAGUUACAAGGAAUAAUGUCAUACAGCUCUGCUUGGAAUUGACAACAAUAGUGCAACAGGACUGUACUGUGUAUGAAACAGAGAAUAAAAUUCUUCAUGUGUGUAAAACUCUUUCUGGAGUCUGUGACCACAUCAUAUCCCUGUCAUCGGAUCCUCUGGUUUCACAGUCUGCACACCUGGAAGUGAUUCAGCUGGCAAACAUCAAACCAAGUGAAGGGCUGGGUAUGUAUAUUAAAUCAACAUAUGAUGGCCUCCAUGUAAUUACUGGAACUACAGAAAAUUCACCUGCAGAUCGGUGCAAGAAAAUCCAUGCUGGAGAUGAAGUGAUUCAAGUUAAUCAUCAGACUGUGGUGGGGUGGCAGUUGAAAAAUUUGGUGAAUGCACUACGAGAGGACCCGAGUGGUGUUAUCUUAACUUUGAAAAAGCGACCUCAGAGCAUGCUUACCUCAGCACCAGCUUUACUGAAAAAUAUGAGAUGGAAGCCCCUUGCUCUGCAGCCUCUUAUACCUAGAAGUCCCACAAGCAGCGUUGCCACGCCUUCCAGCACCAUCAGUACACCAACCAAAAGAGACAGUUCUGCUCUCCAGGAUCUCUACAUCCCCCCUCCUCCUGCAGAACCAUAUAUUCCCAGGGAUGAAAAAGGAAACCUUCCUUGUGAAGACCUCAGAGGACAUAUGGUUGGCAAGCCAGUGCAUAAGGGAUCUGAAUCACCAAAUUCAUUUCUGGAUCAGGAAUAUAGAAAGAGGUUUAAUAUUGUUGAGGAAGAUACUGUCUUAUAUUGCUAUGAAUAUGAAAAAGGAAGAUCAAGUAGUCAAGGAAGACGAGAAAGCACCCCGACUUAUGGCAAGCUACGACCUAUAUCUAUGCCAGUGGAAUAUAAUUGGGUGGGGGACUAUGAAGAUCCAAAUAAGAUGAAGAGAGAUAGUAGAAGAGAAAACUCUCUACUUCGAUACAUGAGCAAUGAAAAAAUUGCUCAAGAAGAGUACAUGUUUCAGAGAAACAGCAAAAAAGACACAGGGAAGAAGUCUAAAAAGAAGAGUGAUAAGAGUAAUAGCCCGACUCACUAUUCAUUGCUACCUAGUUUGCAAAUGGAUGCACUGAGACAGGACAUCAUGGGCACGCCUGUGCCAGAGACCACACUAUACCAUACAUUUCAGCAGUCCUCACUGCAGCACAAAUCAAAGAAGAAAAACAAAGGUCCUAUAGCUGGCAAGAGCAAAAGACGAAUUUCUUGCAAAGAUCUUGGCCGGGGUGACUGUGAAGGUUGGCUUUGGAAAAAGAAAGAUGCAAAGAGUUAUUUUUCACAGAAAUGGAAGAAAUAUUGGUUUGUCCUAAAGGAUGCAUCCCUAUACUGGUAUAUUAAUGAGGAGGAUGAAAAAGCAGAAGGAUUCAUCAGUCUGCCUGAAUUUAAAAUUGAUAGAGCCAGUGAAUGCCGCAAGAAAUAUGCUUUCAAAGCCUGUCAUCCUAAGAUCAAAAGCUUUUAUUUUGCUGCUGAACAUCUUGAUGAUAUGAACAGAUGGCUUAACAGAAUCAAUAUGUUGACUGCGGGAUAUGCAGAAAGAGAGAGGAUUAAGCAAGAACAAGAUUACUGGAGUGAGAGUGACAAGGAAGAGGCAGAUACUCCAUCAACACCCAAACAGGACAGCCCUCCACCCCCCUACGAUACAUACCCACGGCCUCCCUCUAUGAGUUGUGCCAGUCCUUACGUGGAAGCAAAACACAGCCGGCUCUCUUCCACAGAGACCUCUCAGUCACAGUCCUCCCAUGAGGAGUUUCGCCAGGAAGUGACCGGGAGCAGUGCGGUGUCCCCCAUUCGCAAGACAGCCAGUCAGCGCCGCUCCUGGCAGGAUUUAAUCGAGACGCCCCUGACAAGCUCAGGAUUACACUAUCUUCAGACUCUACCCCUGGAGGAUUCUGUCUUCUCUGACUCUGCGGCCAUCUCCCCGGAGCACAGGCGGCAGUCCACUCUUCCAACUCAGAAGUGCCACCUACAGGAUCACUAUGGGCCGUACCCCCUGGCCGAGAGCGAGAGAAUGCAAGUGUUAAAUGGAAAUGGGGGCAAGCCUCGAAGUUUUACUCUGCCUCGAGAUAGCGGGUUCAACCACUGCUGUCUGAAUGCGCCGGUUAGUGCCUGUGACCCGCAGGAUGACGUACAGCCCACAGAAGUGGAGGAAGAGGAGGAGGAGGAGGAGGAGGAAGGGGAGGCAGCAGGGGAAAACAUAGGAGACAAAAGUGAAAGUAGGGAGGAAAAGUUAGGAGAUUCAUUGCAAGAUUUAUACAGGGCAUUGGAGCAAGCCAGUCUGUCACCACUGGGAGAACAUCGCAUUUCAACCAAGAUGGAGUACAAGCUAUCAUUUAUAAAGAGAUGUAAUGACCCUGUAAUGAAUGACAAACUACACAGGCUGAGAAUUCUCAAAAGCACUUUAAAGGCCAGAGAAGGGGAAGUAGCCAUUAUUGAUAAAGUCCUAGACAAUCCAGACUUGACAUCUAAAGAAUUCCAACAAUGGAAGCAGAUGUACCUGGAUCUUUUCUUGGAUAUCUGUCAAAACACCACCUCAAAUGACCCAUUAAGUAUUUCUUCUGAAGUAGAUGCGAUCACUUCCUCUCUCACACACACUCACUCGUACAUUGAAACACAUGUGUAA